GUUGCUACUAGAUCUACAUUUUGAAUUAAGUUUGAUGCAACUUAGAAACAUCCCAGUCAGCCUGAACCUUUUUACUUCACUAUUUAAUAUAAAUCAGUGAAUUUAAUUUAUUAUUCGAAAGAAAAUUUUUUGUGUAAAUGGAAUUUCAAUAUUUAUGUCCUGCUAUGACAACAACAAAAUUAUAUUCAAGACUCACAUUUGAGUCACAUGACUUAUGUUGUUAUUGUAUGUUUGUGUGGUUUAUAUUUAAUUGACCAAAACUGCGUUGCCAUCUUAGCAAGGUCUCCCUCUAAAAAGAGGCUGCUCAGUGGAAUCUGCUUAAAUAGAAGUAAAUGACAUGCAGACGCAUUAUAGUGCUAACUGGGAUACUGGGAAUGGAGCACAGCUUCCGGCCAAAAGUUAAAAAUAGACACUUUUUGUUGGGAAAACUUUGUGCUAGUCCUCUAGACUUCAUGGCAUGUCUGGCCUCUGCUGCUCUGGAAAGUAGGUGAGCUUCCUUCAAAGGCCGGAUUUCAUCAGGGGAAACUGUGGCAGAGCUGUGUCAAAAUCACCAGUCGACUGAGAAAAGGCCUUGGCCAUGCGUCCUCUCCCUGCCCCCUUAUUCCUGUCUCUGCUACAGCUUGCAAUAAUCACGUAUGCGAAGGGUGGCGCUUACUAUGGACACAAGCAACACCCUCAGCAAUACCAGCCCAUGCAGCACCUCCAACACAUUGGCAUGGGCAAAGAAGGAUUUCCCCAGCAACAGUACCUGGGCAAAGAGGUGCCCUAUAUGCAGUACCCACACUACAGGAAGGAGCUCCCACAGAUACCGAUGCUCAAAGGCAAUGAAAAUGCUCGUAAAGGAGGGGGAUAUAAAGGAAUCCAGGACAAAGGUCAGACUAUUCCUAGUGGUGCUGAAGGAAUACCUAGUGGUCCUCAAGGAGAGGCAGGACCAGCUGGACCUCCUGGACCGCAGGGACCUCCAGGGCCUCCGGGACCUGCAGGGAAUGGACAGCCAGGACAAGUAGGGCCACCUGGACCUUCUGGGCCACAAGGAGUGCCUGGUGUGGGAAAACCAGGAGUAGCAGGACUUCCAGGAAAACCAGGAGAAGAUGGUGAAGCUGGGCCACAAGGAGAAAUGGGACCUAGGGGUGAGGAAGGGCCUCCUGGACAAUCAGGGCCUCAGGGUCCCCCUGGACCACCUGGGCUUCCAGGAAUAGGUAGACCAGGCAUAAAUGGAUUACCAGGUCAACCAGGUCCAAAAGGAGAGCCAGGUCACAAAGGUCUUCCAGGAUUACCAGGAUUACCAGGACCCAAAGGCGACAAGGGUAUAGGUCAACCAGGACAACCUGGCCACAAAGGGCUCCCAGGGCUUCCAGGACCAGCUGGUCCAAGAGGACUUCCUGGUUUUGGAAAACCUGGGUUGAAUGGAGCACCAGGCCCCCAAGGACCACCAGGACAGAAAGGACAUCCUGGUGAGCGAGGACCAGCUGGGUCACGUGGUGAAGGAGGGCCACCUGGCCCACCAGGACUACCUGGGCAAGGUAAGCCAGGUCAAAAUGGCCUGCCAGGACAACCAGGCAUGCCAGGUGCUAAAGGUCAUCCAGGACCAUCAGGUUUGGCAGGGAAGCCAGGACUGCCUGGAUUUGGUAAACCAGGACUUCCAGGGCCAAAGGGUGACAAAGGUAUGACUGGACCAAAUGGACCUGCGGGACAAAAAGGAGAUAAAGGACAUGCAGGACUACCUGGUAUGACUGGACCUCCUGGACCAAACGGACCACCAGGUCUCCCAGGUCCUUUGGGACCACCAGGAGGUUUAGGUGCACCUGGUCCUAAAGGAGACUGUGGAGAUGAAGGGGCUAAAGGGCCAGAUGGAGCCAAGGGUGAACCUGGUAUCCGUGGGUUACCUGGUAAGGAUGGUGCCCCUGGAGAAUCUGGAGAGCCAGGACCAAGAGGUCCACCUGGACCAAUUGGUGCCAAAGGAGAUGGUGGACAUAAAGGUCUUCCUGGUAAUCCUGGUCCCGUAGGACCUCCAGGACCAAAAGGAGAAACUGGAUUACCUGGUGAAAUGGGACCUCAAGGUCCCAAAGGAAUUCCAGGGAUAGACGGUGCUGCAGGACCAUUUGGGCCUCCGGGCCUUCCUGGGCCAAAAGGAGAUAGUGGUCCUCCUGGUCUACCAGGAGUAGCAGGUGAGGGAAGCUCAGGUCUUCCUGGUCCCAUAGGACCACCAGGGAAAGAGGGCCCAUCUGGGCCUCCUGGACAACCAGGUCAACCUGGCCCUCCUGGGCCACCAGGUCCACCUGGAGUAUCUGGUCUUUCUCCAGAGAUGUCUGGGGUACUGUCUGAAAUGGGUCCUGCACUAGAUGGUGUGAAGGCUGGUGGUUAUGGAAAAAAGGGCAAAUAUGGAGGUAAUGGAGCAGAAGUGAUGGGUGCCAGCGGGCUGGAAAUGCCGGCAUUCACAGCAGUAGCAACAACUCCCUUUCCACCUGUGGGAACUCCAGUUGUCUUUGACAAGCUCUUGUACAAUGGUCGCCAAAGUUACAAUCCCCAGACAGGAAUCUUUACUUGCGACAUGCCUGGCAUUUAUUACUUUGCGUAUCACAUCCACUGCAAAGGGGCUAAUGUAUGGGUGUCUUUGAUGAGGAACAAUGAGCCAGUGAUGUAUACAUAUGAUGAAUACAAAAAGGGUUUCUUAGACCAAGCAUCAGGAAGCGCAGUAUUACCUCUUCAACUUGGGGACACUGUACAUAUUCAGCUGCCCUCAGAUCAGGCCUCAGGACUUUAUGCUGGGCAAUAUGUGCACUCCUCCUUCUCUGGUUACUUGUUAUAUCCAAUGUAAAGCCACACAAUGCAAACGAAGAGAAGCUUCAGUGAACAAAAGUGAGACAAUAUUUUUGUACAUUAAAAACAUAAUAAAGAAUGUACCUUAGACUGCGCAUUGUUACUUAAGUAAAGUUGAAAGGAAAUAUAGUUAACAGUCUGAAUAGACAGCAGCCUUUUACUGUAAACUCUCACAUGCCUAAAUAGGAGAGAAGUUGUUUCUUUCAGAGCUUUGAUUAAGGAAGUUGAAAUAAAACACAUUAAAGUUGGUUCUGCAUGUGUACAUGAGUGUCAAAUAUCCACAAGGAGCAAUUACUUAUUAGGUAUCUGUGCCGCCUCACAGCUGGCAGCUACAUGUGCCCUGAGUGGCGAAGAAUGCCAAUUGCCCCCAAAAAGAGUGAUGAAUUUGGCAGGACGUUUGCAUACUUUGAGUCAAUGUUUCUGAAGUGAUGCACACAAUAACAGAAUGAUGAUGAUUUACAUUAUAGCAGUGUUGGUUGAAAAGAACAUGAUUGUGUACAAUUGGAUUUAUAAAAGAAAGUUGUCAUUGAUUUUGAAAUAAAUAUUGAUUGUAUUUGUGUAAUAAUGGCAAAAUGAUGGAAAAAGAAAGUGUUGGAAAUAGAAGGAAUGAGGGUUAAAAGUGAAUAAUCACCCAGACAUGUUGCCUGAGCAAGUGUGCCAAUCAAGGAAUGUUGUGUUAUUUUUUUAAUGUUUGCGUGUAGGUUUACAGAAAUAAUCCUGUCAGGAAACACACACACCAUUUUUCCCAGAACUAUGAAAACCACUUUCUAUGAUAUAUUCAAGCCCAUUUUGGAAAGCUGUCUGUCUUAAAUGUAUGUGGUUAUUUGAACCAUCAUGUAUGUCUCACAUGGUACAGUAAAUUUCAGAAAGCACAGAAUUCCUCGACAAAAUCAAAAAGUGUUUGGGUCAGGUCUGAUGAAAAUUCAGACAAAGAUUUAAUGAUUCAACAUUUAACCUGUUCAUUUUUAAGGAGUUACUGUACCUGAUUUAUUUGUAUUUUACUAGUAAUUUAAAGAUCUGUUGAUUAUAUCUUAAGUAUUUUGUAAGUUAUGAUUUUAUGCAUAAUGCAUUUGUAGUUGUUUUGGAAAUGACAAACAUGUGCAAGAGCGCGUCAAACUGAGGAAUGUAGUUUUAAAAGGGACGGCUUCUUGGUGGCUUCAUUUCUUGGUGUAGUCUGUUUUGCUGUUUAGUUUUAUGAUAAAUUAACUCAUGACAUGCAAAUAUGAAUUAUGUAAUAAUUUAUUGUUUCACCAGCCAAUCAGCUACAUCUCAACAAAGGAAAUAUAAAAACUUUUAGGGAAAAAAAUAUGUAAAUGUCCUCCUUCACAAUGGUGCUAAAUAUUAUUGUCACUGUAACCAAAGAAUUUGUGUCUGUAUUGUUCUUUUUGUCUGUGUUGUU